AGUGCACAGGGCGGCCGACGGUGGCCGACGAGGUCUGACAUGAAUCAAGUGGAGCGCUACGCCCGGUUCCUCAGGUGGACGCUGGUGCGGGAGCGCGUGCGGAGCUACCUGCCCUGGGGACUGGUGUUCUCCUUGCUGGUGGGCUCCUCCCUCAAGGAGUUCUCCCCGCUGCCCGAGAGCUACUUCAGCAACAAGCGCAACGUCUUCAACGUGUAUUUUGUCAAGUUGGCCUGGGCCUGGACCUUCUGUCUGCUCUUGCCUUUCAUUGCCCUCACCAACUAUCAUCUGACAGGCAAGACUCUCCUGGUCCUGCAGCGGCUGUUCACUCUGCUCGUGGGCACAGUCAUCUGGUAUGUCUGCACAACCAUCUUCUCCAGCGUGGAGCACUACACAGGCAGCUGCUACCAGUCACCAGCCCUGGAGGGGAUGAGAAAGGAGCACCAGAGCAAGCAGCAGUGCCUCAGCUCAGGAGGCUUUUGGCAUGGCUUCGACAUUUCAGGCCACUGCUUCCUGCUGACCUUCUGUGCCCUCAUGAUUGUGGAGGAGAUGUCUGUGCUGCACGAGGUGAAGACAGACCGCAGCCACCACUUCCACACCACCAUCACCACCCUGGUCGUGGCCCUGGGCUCCCUGACCUUCAUUUGGUUGUGGAUGUUUCUCUGCACUACCGUUUAUUUCCACAACAUGUACCAGAAAGUGUGUGGCACUGUGUUUGGUUUGCUGGGUUGGUAUGGGACAUACAAAUUUUGGUAUCUGAAAUCUUUUUCCCCAGGACUUCCUCCCCAGGGCUCUAGUUUGAAUUUGAAGCAAGACAGUCAUAAGAAAUAAAAGCGAAACAAAAGGAGUGACAGUAGGACAAUGGCUAAUACAUUUUUCACUUAUUUUUCUUAGUUAUUUGGUUGAAUUAUUGGUCCUACUGCAGAGAGGAUGCUUCCCAGGCAGUUUUGGUAGGUGGUGGUGGAGUCGGUGGAGUGAGUUCAGUCCCCACACUGCCCUGGGCAACAUCACUCUGUGUCACAAGCACCACCAUUUCCAGUUAGGCACUUUUUGUCCCUGACAAUACUUGACCUUAAUCUGGACUGUCCCUUUUGUCCCUAGAGGGCAGAGCUAAGGCUCAGUGAGAGGACGGAAUCAGGGAGUCCAGGACCUCAGAUUCCUCUGCUGCCAUCGUUCUCUCCCUGAUUCUAGUUGUCUUUUGUUUUAAUGACUGUUAAUGCUGUUAUUUAACAAUAUUUCCCUCUGUUCAAAACAACCAGCUGUUGCCUGAAAGACAUUCUGUGGUUUUAGUGUUUGUUUCAUCCGUGGAAUGUUUUAACUGUUAGAACUGACUUGUGAUUAGCUGCCAGAGCAAUUAAACUGAGUGCCUCUGUGACUGAACAUCAGAUGAAUUGCAAGUAAUGAACAGUGAUAAUUUUCCAUCCGUGUUGUCUAUUAUUUAUUGGUGUUUGGAGAAAUAAGGUUACCUUUUUUUCCUCCUAAUUUGAAUGAAUGCUUUAUGUUUUUUAAUAACUGUGGCAUUUGUUGUUUGUCAACAAAAUGGAAAAUAACUCAACACUUGCACUUUGGCACAUGUGCAGAUUGCCUUCAGGGUUUUUUUUUAGAACACUAAGUUACUUUUUAUAAACCAAACUCUUGGCUUAUGGUAUUAAAUUCCACCUUGUGGGGCUAUUUUCUCUGUAAGAAACUUUCCUUACCAUGUGUCAUUGGUAUAAGCUGAGCAGAGCUUCAAAGUCCUAUAUAUAUAUAGGACUAUAUAUGUUGAUUAGUCUGAUGUGGCCCAGGGCAUUUUUACCUUUUGGAUGAUUAUGGUAAGUCAGAAGUGAAGGAAAAUGUCCUCCAUUGCCUUUGAUACUGAGAAACUAAGCUGUUUGCAAAGAUGUCCUUACCAAAUGGCAACGUGACUUUGGCUCCACCCUCCUCUUAUCUGCACCACCAUCAAAAGCAAAACAAACCUGGGCCUGUUCCACCUGUUCCCUUUGUAGCCCUUCUCAAUUUCCCACCUUUUGUCAUUCUCUGGUCUUUACUGUGAGAGUGCUGGGAAGGGUCAGAAAUCCUGUCACCUCCGUAUCACAGGGGCACAGUUCUUUCCUCAGUGAUAAGAUACACCCCGCCCCCUGCUCCGCCCCUUCCCAGGCUGUUUCCGUAGACCUUUCAAACUGAGCCCCUUGCAUUCUGGAUAAUCAUCCUUGACUCUUUGAUGCUCCUUUACCCCCCAGUUAAGCCUGAUAAUAGCAUUAACUGAUAAGCGCUGCUUAACUCCACUGGCUUAACUCAAGUAUAGGUUGUUAGGGGCUUGAGCUCUGGAAAACCUUCAGGGUAAAUUGUAUUUCCUGUAGUGAUGUAUUUAAAAUAUGUAGUUCAUAUCCCCUUUGUAUCCUGUUGGGCUAUAAGUUACCUUGUAUUGAUCAAAAUAUGGGGUGAGUUAUCUUGUACCCAAAGAAGGUAGCAAACACACCAGUAAUGAGAUUUCAGAGAUGCCACCAUGGUGCUUUGGCACCGUUGGCUAAAGGCAGGCCAUUGCCACAUGAGAUUUUUUUGGCCCUCUGGAGUGUGGGAGUGGGGUGAAAGUGGGGGUGGGAAGCAGGUGGCAGGAGCUUGGGGAAGGGAUUGAAAUCUCCAAAGUUUCAUGUUCAGCACCAAAAGGCAACAGGCACAGGGUGACUCCAGAAGUUCAAUUCUCACACUUAAAUCUCUAUAGACAGUUUUUAUCAUCUGGGUCUGAUUCAAGCUCCCCAUUCAAUUAACUCUGCAGAAAUUGUCCAUUACCGAGUCUUGUACAUUGAUUAGUUUCCCACUGCCUCCUCUUCAUUGUUAGCACCCUUGCCUUUUUCUUGGGAGCAUGCCCUCUGUCCCUAUGCGAGACAGUUUGGCAGAGUUCGGGUUUAGGCAAACUUGAGAUGUGUGUUCAAAUCUGGGCACCACUGCUGAGAGCUGCCUGACCACAGGCAAGCCUCAUUUUCCUCAUGUGUAAAACAGAGGUGAUGCUGUUAGGAUUAAGGGAAAUAAUGCAUGUAAAGUGCCCAGCACAUGUAAAAUCCCCUACCCUUUUUUCUUGACAGCCCUUUAAAACUUUCUGGCUCCUCCAGAGAAGGCAGGGGAAUUCACAUCUUUUGAAUGCCAUUUGGGGUCUAUGUCUCCUGUUGAAAUAGCCUUGUAUUGUCUUUUGAAAAGUGUCUGUUGUUCCCAGGCGCAUUUGAGGGCAUCUGUGAUCACAGAAUACUGCCAUGCUUGUUUUGCCUUUCUGUGUUGAGGUUCAUUCACUGAUGCCUCAUUUUCCACGUGCAUCUGUUGUAGUCUGAGUACCAGAUUGUAUUUAGAGAAUGGCUCUUGCCACUAUUAUAGAGACACAGAUCGUGUGUGUAAACAAGCAAAUUAAGUAAACUGGAGAUAAUGAAAUCCCAUAUUCCAGUGUUUUGUGUGUUCUUUCUAUUUCCCUUA